GGCCCAACAGAGCCCAAAGCCAGUACUGGACCAGAGCAGUAAACUGACAUGACGAGCUUAUAAAAAUUAUAUAUACGCAUUUGUAAAAAUACAAAACCCUAAAUCUCAUCAAGCGCCGCACUCUCUUGAAAGCAAUCAUGCCGUUCAAGCGUUACGUUGAGAUCGGGAGAGUUGCGCUGGUGAACUAUGGCAAAGAUUACGGCAAGCUCGUUGUUAUUGUGGAUGUUAUUGACCAGAACAGAGCUCUUGUGGAUGCACCCGAUAUGGUGAGAGGCCAAAUGAACUUUAAAAGGCUCACACUAACAGAUAUCACAAUUGAAAUCAGUAGGACACCUAAGAAGAAGGACCUGGUUAAAGCAAUGGAGGCUGCAGAUGUUAAGAAUAAGUGGGAGAACAGCUCCUGGGGAAGAAAGUUUAUUGUUCAGAAACGCAGGGCAGCCCUUAAUGACUUCGAUAGGUUCAAGCUUAUGUUGGCGAAAAUCAAGAAGGCUAGUUUGGUCAGGGAAGAACUCGCAAAGCUAAAGAAGGCUGCAGCAUAAGGCAUUAGGAUGAUUGCAACAAUUUUAUUAUGAAUUUUUCUAAUUCUUAUUUAUCAAUACUUCAUCAAUUAAAGUUGUUGCUUUGCCCUAUUAUGUACUUUUCUUUGGUUGGGGCAAGGUAUUUCGGACUUCGUAUAUCUUUACCUUUCAUGUGUUACCUCCAAGUGAGGUGUUUACUACCUA